GCGCGUGCCUGCAAGUGAAGCGGCAGCAGCGGCACGCGCAUCCUCCCCGGAUCCAGAUCAGAGAGCAUCUGCAGUGGCCGAGCCGUCUCUCAGCAGCCCCGGACCCGCACCAUGAGCCCGCAUCGCGCCUGAUGGUGGUGCGUUGGUGAACCGCUCAGCAGAUCGACGUGGCAUGGCGUGCAGGCGCCCGGACUCCACCAUGAAGCUGCUCCUUGUGAUGACUUUCUUAUUCCGCCAGGCAUUUUCCGGUUCUCCGAGCGUCCAGAUCGGUGGUUUGUUUCCCAGGGGCGCGGAUCAGGAGUACAGCGCAUUCAGAGUCGGGAUGGUUCAGUUUGGGAUGGCAGAUUUCAGACUCACUCCACAUAUAGACAACCUGGAGGUGGCCAACAGCUUUGCUGUUACAAACUGCUUUUGUUCCCAGUUCUCCCGGGGCGUCUAUGCCAUUUUUGGCUUUUAUGACAAGAAGUCGGUCAACACCAUCACCUCCUUUUGUGAGACACUCCAUGUCUCCUUCAUCACACCGUCUUUCCCGGCAGAAGGAAUGAAUCAGUUUGUUCUGCAAAUGAGGCCAGACAUCAAGGGGCCUCUAGUUGCGUUAGUGGAGUACUAUAAGUGGGAGAAGUUUGCCUACCUGUACGACAGCGACAGAGGUCUUUCUACCCUUCAGGUGAUUCUGGAUACUGCAGCAGAGAAAGAGUGGGUGGUAACAGCAAUAAAUGUGGGAGACCUGAAAGAUGAGAGUAAAGAUGAAGCUUACCGCUCCCUCUUUCAGGACCUGGAGAUCCGUAAAGAGCGACGCAUCAUCCUGGACUGCGAACAAGAUAAAGUCAAAGACAUUAUGGAGCAGGUGAUCACUAUAGGCAAACAUGUGAAGGGACACCACUACAUCAUCGCCAACUUAGGAUUUUUGGAUGGUGACAUCUCGAAAAUCCAGUAUGGAGGUGCAAACGUAUCUGGAUUUCAAAUAGUUGACUUUGACAAUCCUGUGGUGGCAAAGUUUGACCAACGGUGGGAGGCUUUGGAGGAGAAGGAGUAUCCUGGAGCAGAUACACGAAUCAGAUACACCUCUGCCCUCACCUACGACGCAGUCAACGUGAUGACUGAGGCGUUUCGUUUCCUGCACAAACAGAGAAUAGACAUGAGUCGCCGUGGCAACAGUGGGGACUGCCUAGCUAAUCCCGCAGUACCCUGGGCUCAGGGCGUUGAGAUUGAACGUGCCCUGAAGCAGGUUCAAGUUAAUGGUUUAACUGGAAACAUUCAGUUUAACCAGCAUGGGAAGCGAACCAACUACUCAGUGGCAGUCAUGGAGCUGAAGAACAGCGGACCCCUCAAGAUUGGCACCUGGAGUGAAGCGCAUAAGUUUGAGGCGGACAAGCAGGAUAUAAAUAAUGACACGACGGGAAUAGAAAACAAAACCGUCAUCGUUACAACUAUACUGGAAGCUCCGUAUGUGAUGCUAAAAAAGAACGCUGAUGAGCUUCAAGGCAAUGAUCGCUACGAAGGCUACUGCGUUGACCUGGCUGCAGAAAUUGCAAAGCACUGUGGGAUACGCUACAAGCUUCGGAUCGUAGGAGACGGAAAAUACGGAGCAAGAGAUGCUGAGACCAAGAUCUGGAACGGGAUGGUUGGAGAGUUGGUGUACGGGAAAGCAGAUAUAGCAGUUGCUCCCCUGACGAUUACUCUUGUUCGGGAAGAGGUGAUUGAUUUCUCCAAACCUUUCAUGUCCCUGGGAAUCUCAAUUAUGAUCAAAAAGCCUCAGAAGUCCAAACCCGGCGUCUUCUCCUUUCUGGACCCACUGGCCUAUGAAAUCUGGAUGUGUAUCGUCUUUGCCUAUAUCGGCGUCAGUGUUGUCCUCUUUCUGGUGUCGAGGUUCAGCCCGUAUGAGUGGACGCUUGAGGAGCCAGAAGACGGAGCGUUGCCGCUGACGACCGAAUCAACCAACGAGUUUGGGAUCUUUAACUCUCUUUGGUUCUCGCUGGGCGCGUUCAUGCGACAGGGCUGUGACAUUUCACCAAGGUCUCUUUCAGGUCGUAUAGUUGGAGGGGUAUGGUGGUUUUUCACUCUGAUCAUUAUCUCAUCAUACACGGCCAACCUGGCUGCCUUCUUGACGGUGGAGAGAAUGGUUUCUCCCAUUGAGAGUGCUGAGGAUCUCGCCAAGCAGACAGAGAUUGCUUAUGGGACGCUGGACUCCGGGUCAACCAAAGAAUUUUUCAGGCGCUCUAAAAUCGCUUUGUUUGACAAGAUGUGGCAGUACAUGAAAUCCGCAGAGCCUUCUGUGUUUGUCAAGAAGACGUCGGAGGGCGUGCAGCGUGUGAGGAAGUCCAAAGGGAAGUACGCCUACCUGCUGGAGUCCACCAUGAACGAGUACAUCGAGCAGAGGAAGCCCUGCGACACCAUGAAAGUGGGAGGAAACCUGGACUCCAAAGGCUACGGGAUUGCCACGCCCAAACAAUCCCCAUUAAGAAAUGCGGUGAACCUGGCGGUGUUAAAGUUGAACGAGCAGGGGCUGCUGGACAAACUGAAAAACAAGUGGUGGUAUGACAAGGGAGAAUGCGGCAGCGGAGGAGGGGAGAGCAAGGAAAAGACCAGCGCUCUGUCGCUUAGUAAUGUGGCAGGAGUUUUCUACAUCCUGGUUGGAGGUCUGGGUCUCGCCAUGAUGGUGGCACUGGUAGAGUUCUGCUACAAGAGCCGCGCUGAAGCCAAAAAGAUGAAGAUGAAAUUCACGGAUGCAAUGCGCUCGAAAGCUCGUCUGUCUAUCACCGGGUCAACGAGCGAGAACGGCCGUGUUCCAGUGGCUUACCUUCGCCCAGGAUUACCCAUGAGCCUCAGUAUGACUGACCUCUCAUGACCUCACACAAGUCAGUGCCUUACAGCCAGUCAACACACUUUCAUCAAUCCCCGCUGUAAGGGAAGUGGACAGGAAGGGUUGCCCUCUUCGAGAAAAAGAAAAGACACAUUACCAGUAAUAAUAACGGGCAACCUGCCCCGCUUUCUAUUCUGGAUUUUAGUCAUUCAAAACUCUAGAAACUCUCAAAUCCUUUACAUCUGGUCUGUAAAAACAAGGCAGAUGUCCUCCUGAAAAGACCUGCCCACUUGUAAGUGAAUCAAACGAAGAUCGAAGGGAGAGACGGCUGGUCCUAGACAAAUCCAUGACAAACAAUCAAGCACAGAGGACAGUUUUUUAAGUCAAAUAUUACUUGUUUUGUAGAUUUUUGCCAUGGAGGCUUCUCUUGUACAGAAAACAAGGACAACAGUGAUGCCGAUGUUCAUGCAAUAACAACAGUUAUCAGGGAUGCGAUCAGGAACUGUGGGGAUACAAGCUGGACCUUGUUUGAAAUGUGUUAAAAGUGCCAUGAACAAAAAACUGAUGUCCUGAAAUAUCAGUAUGUAUUGUGAUAGAUAAUGAUGUGAUUGUCCCGGUUUUUUUCUUCCGUUUGCCUGUAAAUCCUUAUUUGAGAAACACGUACAAACAACAAACACAAAAUUUAAGAGGAGUUCUUGUUGGUGAGGUUCUGGGAUUUUAAUUAUAUUUAGUGAUGCUGUUAAAAACACCAAACUCAUGCAACUAAGGUGGACAUCCAUCCUUUCUUUUCACUACAUAUUGUAGUCAAAACGUCCCGUAUUAACAUUUUUCUCUUGUUAAUGAACAGUGUUUUAUCUGAUCUACUAUUUUAGCUGCACUCCACCUUUAUAAAAUACUCCAAAAAAUGAACUUAUCUGAGGUUAGCCAAAGAGUCAAGCUUCUCCUGGGUGAAUUCCCAGCAAGUUCUGAGUUUUUCCCAGUAUCUCUUCCCAGUUGGACUUACCUAAACCCCCAGUUACAAUCUUAGGAUAAACCUCAGCUCCUUACUCUCUAGCUGUGUUUCCAUUACAAAUCUGCGCAAAACUUAUUCGAAAUUCAGCUAAUGG